GACGGCAAAUGUGGCUCUGCGACCGGUGACAAGAAGUGCGGAGGCAAAUGGGGUGAUUGCUGCGGCAAGAGUACGAGUACGUGCGGCACGGGAUCGGAUUUCUGCGGCACUGGCAACUGUCAGUAUGGAAAUUGCACCUUCACGCCACCCACCGCAGCCCCUGGAGGAGCGUCGCCGUUGCCGUUCUACUACUAUGGAAACACCACGGACGGAUUGUGCGGCCCUGCUAAUGACAACAAAGUCUGCAACGUCGCCUGGGGAUUUUGUUGCGCGAGUACGGGCAAGUGUGGCAUGGGAGCUGGAUUCUGCGGUACCGGUUGCAUGCCGGGAUAUGGAAACUGCACAGUCGCCGUGGUUGCUCCAACGCCAAAGCCAGGCGAUGUGAGCCCUGAUGGCACUUGUGGAGGGCAGAACGGCUUUGUAUGCAAAGGCUCACCGCAAGGUGACUGUUGCUCGAGUUUUGGCUUCUGCGGCAGUACUGAUGGACACUGUAAAGCUGGGUGCCAAAGUAAAUUCGGUACCUGCACCGGCGGUAACGUCUCUCCGGACGGCUCAUGCGGUGGCACGACUGGGUAUACCUGCGUUGGCAGUACCUUUGGAACUUGCUGCUCGAAGUACGGAAGUUGCGGCACUACUACUGAUCACUGUCAGGCUGGAUGCCAAAGCCAAUUCGGAACUUGCACUGGCAACAGCAAAGUCUCACCUGAUGGCUCAUGCGGCGGUACUAACGGCUAUACGUGUGCUGGUGGUAUCUUUGGAAACUGCUGUUCGAAAUACGGUAGUUGCGGGUCUACCACUGACCAUUGUUCUACCGGAUGCCAGAGCACGUUUGGCACUUGCUCUGGGGGUAGCAAAAUCUCACCUGACGCAAGCUGUGGAGGCUCGAACGGCUACACGUGCAAAGGAAGUGCUUUCGGAGAUUGCUGUUCUGCUUCCGGAUAUUGUGGCAGCACGACGGCGUUUUGUUCGGCUGGUUGCCAGGCUUCUUUUGGUACAUGUCCGACCGGCAGCGACAAGAUCUCAACGGACGGUAAUUGCGGAGGCUCCAAGGGACAAACUUGUACGGGAAGUACGUUCGGAAACUGCUGUUCCAGCUUCGGUAGCUGCGGUAGUACGACUGGACACUGCACCACUGGGUGUCAGAGCGCCUUUGGAUUGUGCACGACGUCGGGCACCAACCCAGGCGGCGUUUCCCCGGACAGUACAUGCGGAGGGUCCAAAAAAUACAGUAAGUUUGCUCUGAUCGAACGACGAGAUAGGCCUUGGAACCCUGACUCACUUUUGAUAGCUUGCGCAAAAUCGGCCUUCGGUGGUUGUUGUUCUUCUACUGGAAGUUGCGGAUCCACAGUAAAUCACUGCGCCCAGGGCUGCCAAACUUCGUUCUCCAACUCUUGCAUGACUGGAAAGAUCCCCACGCUCGAUGGCAGCUGUGGUCCGAAGAACAGUGGGAUGACUUGUGCCACUGGGCCCUUCAAUGGCCAAUGUUGCGGUGUGUCUGGUUUCUGCGGCACAACCUCGGCGCAUUGCGGUACUGGAUGUAACGCCGGAUAUGGCAAAUGUAAUUGA